AUGGCGAAUUAUUUUGGAAGAUUCAAACUCUCCAUCUUCAAAUCCAGAGCAGACAUCUGGUCAUUUGGAAUCACAGCACUUGAACUCGCUCAUGGGCAUGCACCAUUCUCUAAGUAUCAACAAAUGAAGGUCUUGACUAUGAAAAUAGCCACUUUUCUAUCAUACUUCACCAGAUUGUUUUUAUCUAGUAUUGUAGCUGCAGAAUGGACUUGCAAGAAACAUUUAAUAGGAGUCGGAAUAGCAGGCAUCGUGACGUCAUCGAUUGGCGGUGCUCAUGGAUGGUCUGGUGGUCGGACGGAGAGAAUAGAGAUGAAGGAGGGUAGGAAGCGAGAUCUAGGACGUAACUGCGAGAGUUGGUCCUUGAAAAUUUCAGUCUCGAGUGAUUCGGAGGUGGGACCACCGGUAGAGGAAGAAUCGUCGAGCGUUUCUUUCGUUUUGAAGAAAAAGGUUAGGGGCAGCGGUGCGUGGGAUCUGAUUAGGGACAGAGGGAUUGGCGUUCCGAUCUUGAACUGGUAUCUUGAUAUGGUGAAAGUGUGUGCUUAG